UCUGGCCUGCACAGGCGCAAUAUGCGAAUCUAUUGUCUUCCGCAAGCAGAGACUGGAGAGACUGAGCGAGCAUGAGAGCAACGGGGAGCGGCACACACUGACCCGAAUCCAACCGAGUAUCGUGGGUGCUGAAAUUAAACCUGACACUGACAUAGGCGGCAAGCCACAGACAGCAACAGCUAAGGCAUGCUAACUGCACAACUGUGCUUAAAGGGACUAGGAGGGAAACACUGCAGCAGGUCUGGGCGGGUGUUUGUUUCUAUAUGUUUAUCAGCUCAAAAACACCGUUAGCUGGAAACGUGUUGCUUUUUUAGACCUCAUUUUGCAACCAGAAAAAAAUUAAUAACUGUUUAUUCUCUCGUGUUUUGACAAUGUGCUGUUGCAUUGGAUAGUGUUGCUGGUUCUGUCAGAUCUGUGAUUUCCUCCAGUGGGUCCAGAAUCUACUGUCUGCAGAUCUGGGCUUAUUUAGACUACGUCGGAGACGGGCAGACAUAGGGAGUUAAUAACAUAUUGUACUGUUCCUGAAAGAGGACCGCUGUUAGAUAUCCAACACUUUUAGGGCGUUUUGAAUGGGGGGCAAACAAAGCACGGCAGGGCGGUCCCGGGGAGGUUUUCCGGGCGUCUCCACGGACGAUAGCGCGGUUCCCCCAGCGGCCCACUUUGGGCACUACCGGACGGGCGGCGCUAUGGGGCUGCGCAGCCGCUCGGUCAGCUCGGUUGCUGGGAUGGGAAUCGACACCAGUGUUGCAGUGCCGUUCGGUUAUUACGCCACUCGCGCGACUGGUGAGUCAGAAAGGACCGGAGGAGGCUCCGGGUCGGACUCGGCCCAUGGUAACGGCUACCACGAGACGAGCAGCGGGCAUCACACAGAUGGGGUGCUGUAUCUUGGAUCCCGGGGGACGUUAGCGGACGCUUUGCCACUCCACAUCGCACCCAGGUGGUUCAGUGCGCACAGCGAUUUUAAGUGCCCCAUUUGCUCUAAGUCCAUAGCAUCCAAUGAGAUGGAAGUUCACUUUAUAAUGUGUCUCAGCAAGCCCCGUCUGUCUUACAAUGAUGACGUGCUGAGUAAGGAUGCUGGUGAGUGUGUGAUCUGCUUGGAUGAUCUGCAGCAGGGGGACACAAUAGCCAGACUCCCCUGCCUCUGCAUUUACCAUAAAAGCUGUAUAGACUCCUGGUUUGAAAUAAACAGGUCUUGCCCAGAACACCCCUCUGACUGACCCCAGGCUGGAUAUCCCUUCAUUACUAUUACAGGGCACUUUAUGGACUUGGCCUAAACUUGCUUACCUGGAGAUCUGGACACAGAAACAACCAAAAAAACAGUACAUACAAAUAAAUAAAAGCAAACCUCGAAACCUUUAACCAAAACCUCCCUACCCCCAAAUCCCUUCUGUGUUCUGUAAAAGAAGACUGAAAUCAUCUUUCCCCACUUGAUCCCUAAUCCCUGAGUCUGCAGCUGAAGACACAAGAUUCUUCACAAUACAUUUUUAGAAAAUUGUCCUACAUCAAGCAAGAAGAGUGGGGGAUUUCUUUGAUCAUGGUUAAGGCUGUAUUUUUUUCACGGUUAUCACAGAUUUCACGAUUUCUGUGAAAUGCAUUCAUUGCCCUGCAAUAUGUGGGUCCACGUGAAAAAUUCCUGUUUCUGAAGGAAUAGUGAAAAUAUACAUAUUUUUUGUCACUUAAAAAUAAAUACAGCAAAUGUUUGCGUUAUUGACGCAUGGCCAGUUACACUGCAUUUAGGAACCUAGCAGCUGGUUUAGUUUGCUUAUGGUAAGUGAUUGAACACACUGCAUAGAGUUGCACGGUUUCUUUCAAAUGUCAACAAAAAAGACACCAGCUGCAUCAAAGAUCAGAGAUGUUUCUGCUAAAGAUCCAGUACAAGAAGGGGACAUUUCACGUGUGGGUCGUUAUUUUUACUUUUAUUUAUGCUUUUACUGUGUUUGAUAAUUACUGAUCGAGAGAAUAGAAUGUCUUUAAAACGUGGACAUAAACAAUAUUCUACAAAUAUCUUGAAAUAGAUAUGAAAUGCUGUGAAAUAAGCCGCUUUGUACCGUGAAAAAAAUACAACCCAGAUCAUGGUAGCUCUAAAACUCUUGACCUGAAAAACUCUUUCUCUCAUAAAUGGGGGGGGGGGGGGGGGUGGAUGUUGUUGAGUUGUACAUCCGGAGGCUUAGAUAAGAACACAACAAUUGAAUCGGAGGAUGAGCUACAUUUGAAUUCCUGGGCCUCUUCCGAGGCAUCUGAACUCUGUAAAGAAAAUUGACGAGUGAGGUUAUUUUUUGGCAGUGCAGUCUGUUGGUCUGUCUUUGAAAUGUUUACAAAUGUAUUCUUUUUUUGCGUGUGUUAUUAUUUCGCUGAUGUUUACAAUUUAUUAAGAAAAAUGGAUGAGCACUCUUUAUUUCUACCUAGAUACACUUUGUGAGUGAAAGUUGCCAAAUAAGGCCACCUGUAUAAACUGUGUGUUUGUGGGUGAGCCAGCGUGGGUGGGUGGGUGUGAGUGAAUGUUUAUGGGGUGGGGUGGGCACCUUGUGGGGAGCUUAGCACUAUAUGUUGACUGAAUGCAAUCAAGUUACGGCACAUGGGGUGUUUCUUUUUCAAAGCACUUGAUUGAAGUGUUUAUUGUCCAAUGAAAGCUGUGGAAUGGUCCUAAAAUCAGAAUUGAAACCACAGGGAGUGUUGUAUGUGUUUGGGAAUUGGGAGAUUAAACUAGAUUCAAUGUAUUUCCCAUAUAUCCAGAAAAGCCUUUUUAAACCACUCUGCAUACUGGGAACCAAUUAAAUAUUUACUCUAGAGGCUGUGGGACUUCUUUUUAUAUAAUUUAAAUUGAUGCCUGUUUUAGGAGGUAGAUAGUGUUUAAUGAUUUUGAUGUUUGAACUGUUGGCUGGAAAAGUUUGUGCAUUUAUAGUAAAAAUAAAUAAAUAAAUAAUAAAAAAAAUAUAUAUAUACAUACUAAGAAAAAAAAGGGUUCUCAGUGAAGGUGAUUUGAUAUGUUGUAUUGAAAUAAUGUUUAUAUAUAUAUAUAUAUAUAUAAUAUUUUUUAUAGGUUGCCCUGGCUUGUUCAAUGGCACACUACUACACAUGAGAAAAACAAGUAUAUUAAUACAUCACACACCAUAACUAUAAAUAUCAAAUUAGAGCUACAGCUAUUAAGACAGACAGAUACGGUAUCUCCUCUUAGGAACUUGUGCUAAUGAAAGCCCUAAUCUAAUUUCAAUACAAUUAGCAAAGCAGUUCUCUUGUUGUAAGUAGGUUUUGUUUGUUAGCUGAUUUUUUUCACCAAGGGUUCAGCUUGUUAACUUUUCCAUUGCUGUUUAUUUUUUGACCAGAGGGGAAAUUGCCAGCUUACUUACAAAACAUACCUACAGUAUAGCAAGAGAGCAGCUUUGCUAAUUCUAUUGAAACUAGAUUAGGGUUUCGUUGUAUCACAGUAAUUGUAUUAUUAUUAAAAGAAACUUUAAAAGU